UUUUUUAUUGUCUCAAUCCCCGUACACACGGUUUUCCCUAAAUUGGCUUCAGUGUAGAUAAGAGGCGCGACCCACACACGCUGAUCCUACUCGGCCAUGGCUUCUUCCUUUUCCGUGCAGACGCCACGUCCUACCUGAGAAGAACACCUUAAAAUCUGGCUUGGAUUGUUACCGAAUCAACUUGUAGGAUUGUAAAGGGGAGAGAAUUACAACACCGUACGUGUGGGACGAUCUGAAGAGAUCCGGACGGAGAGGGGGAUAACACCACCACCUGAAUCCAUAGUGAGAGCGAGAGAAUUCACCUUGUUUUUCCACCAUGGUCGAACCGUCCGACAGGCCCGCGUCCGCGGCCCAGCGCCUGGGGGCCCCAGACAGCUACGGGGUCUCCACCCUUGAGCCCAGCCUGCGGCCCCCCACCACCCAGCCCUCGGGGGGCCGCCAGGUACCCCUCAGGGUCCAGCUGCUGGACGACACCCAGGAGGUCUUCCAGAUAUCGCAACGGUCUCCGGGCAAGCUGCUGUUUGACCUGGUGGCCAACCACCUCAACCUGGUGGAGGGGGACUACUUUGGGCUGGAGUACCAGGAUCACCGCAAGAUGACCGUAUGGCUGGACCUGCUGAAGCCAAUCCUCAAACAGAUAAGGAGGCCUAAAAACACCAUCCUCCGCUUCGUGGUGAAGUUCUUCCCUCCUGACCACACCCAGCUCAUGGAGGAGCUGACGAGGUAUCUGUUUGCACUCCAGAUAAAGCAUGAUUUGGCGUGCGGUCGCCUCAUCUGCAACGACACCAGCGCAGCUCUCAUGGUGUCCCACAUCAUCCAAUCUGAGAUCGGGGACUUUGACGAGACCCAGAGCUGGCAGCACCUGCUGCACAACAAGUACCUGCCCGACCAGGACGCCCUCAGGGACAAGAUAACCGACUGCCACCGCAAGCACGUCGGCCAGACGCCGGCCGAGUCGGACUACCAGCUGCUGGAGAUCGCCCGUCGCCUGGAGAUGUUCGGCAUCCGGCAACACCCGGCCAAGGACCGAGAGGGCACCAAGCUCAGCCUGGCGGUGGCCCACACCGGAGUGCUGGUGUUUCAGGGCUACACUAGGAUCAACGCCUUCAACUGGUCAAAGAUCCGCAAGCUGAGCUUCAAGCGCAAGAGGUUCCUCAUCAAGUUGCGGUCGGACCCCGCUCAGCAGAGCAACCACCACGACACGCUGGAGUUCUCCAUGGCGAGCCGGGACUGCUGCAAGGUGUUCUGGAAGGUGUGUGUGGAGCACCACGCCUUCUUCAGGCUCUUUGAGGAGCCCAAGCCCAAACCCAAGCCCGUCCUCUUCACCCGCGGAUCCUCCUUCAGAUUCAGCGGUCGGACCCAGAAGCAGAUCAUUGAUUAUGUGAAGGACUCGGAGUUCAAGAAGAUCCCGUUUGAAAGAAAGCACAGUAAGAUCAUGUCCGGCCUGACCUCGUCCUUCCGUUCCCAAGUGACAACAGAGAGGGUCAUGUCCAUCCCCCUGGCGGACCAGACUGACACCUCCUCCUUCAGGGCGGACCACUGGGGCGACCCCAAUGGACCCCCAGACACGGCCGUCACCAACGGCUUCCUGGAUGCCCCCGGCUCGGACCCGAUGGCACGCUCGCGACAGACCCGCCUCCAUGCGGCAGCGGUGGGCUCCGUUCCGGCGGGCGACCAGCACCUCCUCAACCCAGACGGUCCCGGUUCCCCGGACCUCCCGACCACCACGCCCUCUCCCAAGCCCCCUGUCUCCCCCGACGACGGCGUGGUCACCGGGCAGACAGCCCUGACAGUUGCGGCUGCGGGGGUGGUGCCGCCCGUCGUGCCCUUGACCACGGAGCUGUGCGUGAGUACGAGUCCCGUGGAUCCACUGCCCUCACCGCUUACCAGCCCCCUGCUGAUGGAGGCGGGCUACGUGCGCACGGACGACGAAGACGAGGCCAGGAGAAAGAAGUUCCCAACAGACAAAGCCUACUUCCUGGCCAAGGAGCUACUGACCACCGAGCGCACCUACCUCAAAGACCUGCACGUCGUCACCACGUCGUUCCAGGAGGCAGUGGGGAAGGAGGAGGUGCUGCCGGAGAACGUGAGGAACCUCCUUGCCGCCAACUAUGAGCCGCUCCUCAAGUUCCACCAGGGCUUCCUCCGCGAGGUGGAGCAGCGGCUCGCUCAGUGGGAGGGUCGCUCCAAUGCCCACAUUAAGGGAGACUACCAGAGGGUUGGAGACAUUCUCCUCAAGAACAUCCAGGGUCUGAAGCAGUUGACGGUUCAACUCCAGAAGCACCCUGAGUGUCUGGUAGAGCUGGAGAGGGCCUGCAGGUCGAGUUGUCGUCUGGAGGCUGUGUGUGGGGACUUUGAAUUGCAGAAGGCCUGCUACCUGCCCCUCAACGUCUUCCUGCUGCGCCCACUGCACCGCCUGCUGCACUACAAGCUGCUGCUGGAGCGCCUCUGCAAGCACUACCCCCCUACCCACCAGGACUUCAGGGACUCCCGCGCCGCCCUGGCUGAUAUCUCUGAGAUGGUGCUCCAGCUGCAGGGGACAAUGAUGAAGAUGGAGAACUUCCAGAAGCUUCUGGAGCUCAGGAAGGACCUCACGGGCAUCGACAACCUGGCCAUCCCCGGACGGGAGUUCAUCAGGCUGGGAUGUCUCAGCAAGCUCUCGGGAAAAGGUCUCCAGCAGAGGAUGUUCUUCCUGUUCAGCGACUGUUUGGUGUACACCAGCCGUGGGAUGACCAAAGCCAACCAGUUCAAAGUUCACGGACAGCUGCCUCUCUACGGCAUGACGGUCAGAGAGAGUGAGGACGAGUGGGGGGUCCCUCACUCCUUCACCCUCUUUGGACAGCGCCAGCCUGUGGUCGUAGCAGCGAGCUCGGCAGCGGAGAUGGAGCGCUGGCUGGAAGACAUCAGGAUGGCAGUGGACCUCGCCGAGCAGACCAGCGACCCCCAGUCUGACCUGCUAUCCUCCAGCCUCGCCGACAAGCUCCAGGACGAGGGCAUCGGGGAGCAGGAGUCUGAGGAGGAGCUGGCGGGAUCGCACUCCUCCCUGGAGCGCCCGGGUCACCGUGGCAACACCACCGUACACGUGUGCUGGCACCGCAACACCAGCGUGUCCAUGGUGGACUUCAGCGUCGCCGUGGAGAACCAGCUUUCAGGCAACCUGCUGAGGAAGUUCAAGAACAGCAACGGCUGGCAGAAGCUCUGGGUGGUCUUCACCAGCUUCAGUCUCUUCUUCUACAAGUCCCACCUGGAUGACUACCCCCUGGCCAGCCUCCCGCUGCUGGGCUACUCCGUGACGGUGCCCGCCGAGGCGGAGAACAUCCACAAGGACUACGUGUUCAAGCUGCACUUCAAGUCCCACGUGUACUACUUCAGAUCAGAGAGCGAGUACGCCUUCGAGAGGUGGAUGGAGGUGAUCCGCAGCGCCACCUACUCUGCCAGCCGCACCCUGACCGCCAGCCGGAAGGACUUGUACUGACCCCGCCUUCUCUCUCCAUCUCUCUGUCUCUGUCUCUCUCUCCUUCCACCUCUCUUUCUGUCUCUCUCUCAUUCCACCCCUCUCUACCGUCCACACCGCUUGUUUUAAGGAACUUGUGUAUGUUUUUGCGGCUGCUAAAGCAGUCCCCUCUGGUGACGCAGAGACUGGGGAGCAGGAUAUCACCUCCCCCACCACCACCACCUUUCUCCUCUUUGUCUUAGAAACAUUGUUUUGAGUCCAAUGGGGCUAAUUUUCUACGUGUCCAAUGUCAAUCUCUAUCUAAAAUGUAGUUGUGCAACACAUGAAAUCUCAAGCCGCUGCGUUGUUUUUUAUAUUUGAAUUGCACCGUCUCCCCUGCGGGUGGCAGCACUGUGACAAGAUUGUCGUUGUCACAUGGUCUUCCCCGAGUGCCGGCCAUUUCAGACAUUGAUGUCUCCUAAUUGCUGUACCCGAGGGCUUCCAUGUAGCUCACCGGGACUGAAGACGGUUUUGUAAGGUUUAUUUUCAUUUUUCUCGUGCUUUACUUGGUAUUUUCAUGACCUAAGAAAAGUAAAAGUAUUUUUGUACCGAUCAUGUGGAGGGGGGGGGGGGAUAUUGUCACACUAUCCAAAGACAAAGUUAGCAGUUUUACAAACAGGAUGACAUGUUGAGGCGUUAGCAUUAGCUUAUGUUUGAUUGUACAGUGUCAAACUUGUAGCGAAACGGUACAAUGCAAACAUCGGGUUGCUUAUCCCAUCUAUAUAUAUAUAUAUAUAUAUAUCAAACUAAAGCAAUGAUUAUUUUUUAAUUUUCAGUACAAUUGCGGUAAAGUGUUCUAGCCAAUUCAUUCACCUGUCGCAAUGCUAGAAAAAGCAUAUUUAAGUGCGAAACCCUGCACAGUACUCUGUAGUACUAAAGUAGUCGUAGAAACACGGCAUGUUGUACAUUUUCUACCGUCUCGUCACCUGGUACUUUUGCAAUAUUUCAUGCCAAAACUUGUUCCUGGUAGAAAUAUGAAGAUGUAAAUAUGGCCUAAAUGAAAAAUAAAACACCUAGAAUCAGAUUAUCAGGAAUACUGUGUGCAUGUAAAACACAUACAUAGUAUUUUGUUUAAAUGACAAUCCAUGUUUGAACAUUGAGUAAAUGUGUACCAGUUUUUGGGCGUACAUUUGACAAGCUUUUUAAUGAUUUUUUUUGUCGGACAGCUGUUUCAUAUGUUGUUCUUCAUACAGCGAUGUUGUGCGAUACUUUUAUACACUGUGAAAUCGUCUAUCUCGGGUUCGAUCUUUUAUCUGGAUGUACUUUAUCUCGACUGCACUUUGUGUGUAUUCGGUCUUGAUUUUUGUUGUUUCUUCUUUAGAGGGCAAAAACGUUUUUCACCACACAAAAUCCUUAAGGUGCCAUCAGAGAUUCCAGUGUUCCUCUGUGCCAAAUGUCGACUCAUCUCUCGAGUUUCUGGAUCCCUGUUUCAAAUACAUAUGUAGAAAAAAUUAAACCGUACCACAGAUUAAAGAGAUAUCAUGCCUCA